UGCAUGGUUUCCCCGGUCACGCUACGUCAGCACUGUCCAAGAUGGCGAUGUCCAUAGAGCAGCGGCAUCAGCGUUCACUGGCCGGGCUGUGGUCGGUGCUGGUCCUGUUAUGGUCACUGAGCUGUGCCGUGGCUGGGGAGGAGGAGAAGGCCGCUCAUCGCAGGUUCGAGUACAAGUACAGCUUCAAGGGGCCCUACCUGGUGCAGGCUGACGGCUCCGUCCCAUUCUGGACCCACACUGGAAAUGCCAUUCCCAGCGCUGAUCAGAUCAGAAUUACCCCGUCCCUGAAGAGUCAGAAAGGAUCUGCCUGGACGAAAACAGCCCCAAGCUUUAACAAUUGGGAGGUGGAAGUGACCUUUCGGGUAACCGGACGCGGGCGAGUAGGCGCUGAUGGUCUGGCUAUAUGGUACACAGCAACGCAGGGUCUGGAAGGCGAAGUAUACGGGUCUGCUGACUCCUGGAAUGGCGUGGGGAUUUUCUUUGAUUCCUUUGACAACGAUGGAAAGAAAAACAAUCCGAUGAUUUUGGUUGUGGGCAAUAAUGGAAAGCUCAUUUAUGAUCAUCAAAAUGAUGGAGCUUCACAAGCACUGUCCUCUUGUCAGAGAGAUUUCCGAAACAAGCCGUAUCCAGUCCGUGCGAAGAUCGUCUACUAUAAGAAGACUUUAUCAGUAAUGAUUAACAACGGCUUUACACCGGACAAGGACGACUAUGAGUUCUGUGCCAAAGUGGACAAUAUGAUCCUGCCCCAGCAAGGCUUCUUUGGGAUAUCUGCAGCCACAGGAGGCCUGGCAGAUGAUCAUGAUGUGCUGUCUUUUCUGACUUUCCAGCUAACUGAACCCGGCAAAGAUGAACCUCCAGCAGACACGGAAAUCACAAAGGAAGAAAAGGACAAGUACCAAGAGGAGUUUGACAACUUCCAGCAAGAACUUGAUAAGAGGAAAGACGAAUUUCAGAAAGACCACCCAGAGCUUAAAGAACAUCCAGUGGAUGAUAUGUACGAGUCAGUCAAUGAACGGGAACUUAGGCAGAUCUUUGAAGGCCAGAACCGUAUUCACCUUGAGAUUAAGCAGCUGAACCGACAGCUUGAUAUGAUCCUGGACGAACAACGGAGAUAUGUGAAUGCAGUCAGUGAAACCAUUGCUAAGACUGGAGGAGGAAACGAGGCCCAACAUUCUCAGACCUCCCAGCAGGAAUUAGACACUCUCCUUAAGGGACAGAGGGAAGUGCUGAAGCAUGUCAAUGACAUGAGGAAUUCUGUGGGCGAAACAUUAAGAAUGGUGUCUGGAAAUCAGAAUUUAGGUGCUGCAGGCUACGAGACCACCCAGCACUUCAAUGACCUCAAAGAGCACCUCCACGUGGUGAAGAAAGACAUCGAACAUCUAGUGCAGAAGAACUUGCCACAUGAAAAACAGAGGUGUCCAGAAAUUACCAUCCCUUCUUGUCUCUCCACUACACACUUCUUUAUGUUUGUAGCAGUUCAAAGUGUUUUGUUAAUUGGUUACUUUAUGUACAGAAGUCAGCAAGAAGCAGCAGCGAAAAAGUUCUUUUGAUGAGCCAUUGUACAUUGCGCCACACUACAUCC